CACAAUGCAGAGUGCCAGAGGAGAGAAGGGGACGAGAUUUAUUUUGCAAUAUGAAGAUUUUAUGUUUGGACUUAAAUCCAUAUACAGUAACUUGUAAUCAGAUAUUAGUAGAGAAUGAUAGGUGAGAUGAUUUAUCUAGCAUUGCUUCUGACCACAACAUCGACUGGAUUGGAUAUGUUAUAACGGACCAAGGAUGACAAAGAGAAAUGGAUACCGAGACUGGAGAUGGCUGGUGCUUUGGUGGCAGCAUUUCUUUAUCUUGUGGAGUACGACAGACGGACAGACUCGUUACAACAUCCAGGAGGAGCUGAAACGGGGCUCUGUGGUCGGAAAUCUUGCAAAAGAUUUGGGUCUGUCGUUAGCUGAGAUUUUUGAUCGCAAAUUAACCGUCGCCUCUGAGGCUGGUAAGCAAUAUUUUACCGUAGAUGCUGGGAAGGGUGAGCUGGUGGUGAAUGACAGAAUAGACAGGGAGGCUUUAUGUGGACAAAGCGCCAGCUGUGUGUUGCCUCUGCAGGUCGUCAUUGAAGACCCACUGCAGCUGUUUCGAGUAGAAAUUCAAAUUCAAGAUAUCAAUGAUAAUUCCCCCAGAUUCCCGUCAAGUGAUGUGCUAUUGGACGUUUCGGAAUCCACAGUUAUCGGAGCUCAUUUUCCGCUAGAAAGUGCGGUAGAUCUAGAUGUUGGCAUUAAUUCACUGAAGUCAUAUACUCUGAGUAAAGACGAGUGCUUUAGUAUAAGACUUAAGGAGGUGGCUGGAGGAAGAAAAGUCCCCGAAUUAAUUCUGUCAAAACUGAUAGACAGAGAGAAAAAAGCUGUUCACAAGCUUCUGUUGACAGCUCUAGAUGGAGGUAACCCGGUAAGAUCAGGGACGGCGCAGAUAACUGUUAAUGUCCUUGACAUAAACGAUAAUAUUCCUGCUUUUGAAAAAACCUUGUAUAAAGUGUCCGUUGCAGAAAAUGCUGCGGAGGGUGCAUUAAUAGUACAGACGAAAGCAACAGACUCCGACGAGAAUCAAAAUGGAGAGAUAGAAUAUUCAUUUGGCGCUCACACAUCAGAGAGUGUGCUCUCUGUUUUUUCCAUCGAUCCCACAUCAGGAAAAAUAUUCCUUAAAGGAAAACUAGAUUUUGAAACUGAUGCUAAUUUUGAAUUGGACGUCAGUGCAAAAGAUAAAGGGAGCCCAAGAAUGGAGGGACAUUGUAUUGUUCAUGUUGAAGUUUUAGAUGUCAAUGAUAAUGCUCCAGAAAUAAUACUAACGUCUCGACCAAAGCCUGUGAGCGAAGACUCGCCUAAUGGCACUGUAGUCGCUCUGAUCAGUGCUCGGGACCAUGACUCCGGUGAUAACGGAAAAGUACAGUUACAGCUAGCUAAAAACAAUAACUUUGCGCUGAAACCCUCGUUUUCACAAAACUACGCACUUGUUACAAAUGGUGUUUUAGAUCGAGAAAAAGAUUCUGAAUAUAAUAUUGAGAUAACAGCCACAGACAUGGGCUCCAAUCCACUAUCCAGCAAGAAAACCAUUCAUAUCAGCGUCACUGAUGUAAAUGAUAACCCACCAAUUUUUAAUCAGCCCUCCUAUAAUGUAUAUGUAAAAGAGAACAAAUUACCGGGAUCUAUACUUUGCUCAGUAUCAGCAACUGAUCUGGAUUCAGGUGAAAACGCAAAGAUCUCUUACUCCAUACUGGACUCUAAAGUGCAGGACGUCUCUGUCUCGUCUUAUGUUUACAUUAACUCAGAUAACGGGAGCAUCUACAGCAUGCACUCGUUUGACUAUGAGAAGCUGAAAGUGUUUCAGAUUCAGGUACAGGCAAAGGACCAGGGCUCUCCCUCUCUCAGCAGCAACGCCACUGUCCAUGUUUUCAUCCUGGACCAGAACGAUAAUACCCCGGCUGUUAUUUACCCCUCCUCCGCUGCCCUGGGCUCCCUCUCUCAUCAGAGGAUGCCCCGCUCCGCUAAAGCGGGUCACCUGGUUACCAAGGUAACGGCCGUGGACGCUGAUUCGGGCCAUAAUGCUUGGAUCUCGUACAGACUGGCAGAGGCCACAGACGCCUCUCUGUUCACCGUCAAUCAGUACACAGGAGAGGUGAGGACUAAACGCGCUGUGUACGAGCAGGACGACUCCUCUCAGAGGCUGCUGAUAGAGAUCAAGGACGACGGGCAACCGGUUCAGUCCGCCACCGCCACGGUGUCCAUCCUACUGGAGGACGGUCUCCAUGAACCCAUUUUAGACCUCCGACACAAAAUGUCCGAGCCCAGCAAGAAAACUGGCAGAAUCACCCUUUAUUUGAUUCUGUCUCUGGCCUCAGUGUCCGUGCUGUCUCUGGUGACUUUUCUCGUCCUGGCGGUGAAAUGCAUCAGGGGCAGCAGAAGCAGCGGGAGCUGCUGCAUGAGAAGGAGCGACUGUGAUGAUUACAAGAACCCCAACAGGAACCUGCAGAUUCAGCUCAACACUGAUGGACCUAUAAAAUACGUGGAGGUCCUGGGAGGAGACAUGAUGUCUCAGAGUCAGUCGUUCAGGUCCUGCAUGUCUCCGAUGUCAGAGUACAGUGAUUUCACAUUGAUCAAACCCAGCAGCACCACAGACUUUAAAGAAGUCAUCAGUGUUCUGGACGCGUCUUUACCCGACAGCACCUGGACCUUUGAGAGCCAACAGGUGAGCAUAGCAUGA